AAAACGAAACACACCUGAAUGACUGAAUUUCGUUUUGGAAAUAUCUCUCUUGAAUUCAAAAUCGCCUGCAACUGCAAAUAAAACCCAUUACAUUACUUGUCUCCCUCCUAGGAUGAAGGGUUAAGGCUCUGAUUCUCUCUCCCAUCAACCCCCAAGCCACGCAAAAUCAAUCUCAGUAUUUCAGCUAGGGAUAGGGUUUAACUAUUCACAGACAUGUAUGCUGAUCGAGUGGAGGCUGCAGGGAAGAGGUCAGUAAAGGAGCGUCUCAAUGGCAGUUCUGCCGACGACUUUACUCGCCGGGCGCAAAUUACUGGCAAAAGGCAGAGACAAGAUGAUAAGUGGGAGCAUGAUCUCUAUGAGGAGGAUGAACCAAAUGCUUCAAAUCGCAAAGUCAGUUCUCAAGAUCUUCGACUGAAGCUUCAGAAAAAGAGUCUUCCACAACAAUCAUCACAAAGUGGAAAGGGGUCUGGUGUGCGGGAUUUACGUGAAAAGCUAUCUGGGACUAUGAAUUCACAACCGGUGAAUGCUGAUCCACCUAAGAGAAACUUGGAAGUUGCCAAACCAGCUAGGAAAAGUGUCACAGUUGAAGCUCCUGAGCCAGAGAUUAAAAAGGUUGCUAGUGUAGCGCUUAAAACAAAGUCUCAGCAGAAGGCUGAUACUUCGAUAGAAGGUUUUCUGCAAUCCAUAGGGCUUGAGAAGUAUAUCAUUACCUUUCAAGCUGAGGAAGUUGAUAUGGCAGCUCUUGUACACAUGAAUGAUGAGGAUCUCAAGACUAUAGGAAUACCAAUGGUAAACUUAAGCUGGUCUCUCAGGCACGACAUGCAUAUCUGGGCCCAAGAAAAAAGAUACUGUUGGCAUUGGAAUCCAGGGUCUAACAUUGGGAAGGUGGUCCGUCCAGUUAGCCUGAAUGUGUUUUGUUGAUAUAAGCCUGGUUGUAACAUUUUUCCCUCUUGGUUUUUCUCUUUGGUGUAUUGCUGAAAGUGGCUUAACUGGCUCAUUAUACAUAUGAAACCGGUUGAAUUUUUAGCUUGCACAAGCCAUAGGUUCUUUCUUCUUCUUUGUCUCUAAUUUUUUUUGUUGUUAGUAAUAGUACUAGGGAACUUCUAAGAUGAAUGAAAUUCUAUGUUCUAUUAUGCUA